ACGGAAGUACCUACAGACUUCGGUGUAGUGACUAUAUAGUAUAUAGUGAAACGAUUGGUCUGAAAUUCUGAACUGAACCUCUGCCACGAGUAUUUUUGGUUGUGUGUUAUUCGUUGAUCGUUCGGUGGUUAUCAGUUAUCAACUAUUAUCAUUAAUUGAUGACCGACCAGUGAAACUUUAAAAGGCAAACGUUCUUAUUAUGUUUUCUGUUGCUUUUUAGUUUUUAUCUUAACAAUUUGGAAAGGUUUACCUUGUGAUACAUUUGUUAUUAUUAUGCAAUUAUAUGUUAUUCGUGUAAUCGAGCGUUGCUGAUUGAUAAGUAGUACAAAGUACUGUUGGACGUUGGUAGGGUAGUCGGUCACUCGGUAGUCAGUCGAUUCCAGUACGCACUACACUGCCACGCUAUGUGCACUUCGUCUGCCCCUCAAAAAGAUUAGCGCCUCAAUCAUCAUUAUGUACUUUACCUUCGGAACGGACAUCGAUCCGUUCCUGGUGAAAAACUUCAACGUGCAAUCUACAAUUGGGUUGGUGACAUUAUGUGUUGGUUUGACAGCGCUGGCAGUGGUCUUCGAAUCACUAAAGACUGUACAUUUCAUGACUAGGGUUCAUCGACGAUUGUUAUGCUGCAGUCAGCCGGAUUGUAAAGAAUUAAUCAAUAAAGAUAGAUUCAUACUAACAUUUAGAAUGAAAAUUUUUGACUGCUUUAGGACAUUGAGUGUUUACAUGUUUCAAAUGUUGGUUGGAUACAUUUUAAUGUGUGCAAUAAUGACAUUCAAUGGAUACAUUUUUUUUGCCACCGUUGGAGGAUAUGGUCUGGGAUACUGGUUGUUUGGCUUAACAAUGAUGCAUUUGUCAGCAAGGAAUUUACUAAAAUCCCAAGAUGGUCCAAUCAGAUGUAAAAACUGUACUAAAAUCAACAUAAACAAAAAAGAUAUCUCAGAAGAUAGUAUCAGUACUGAUUUAAGUGAUGAUAUAGUACCAAGCACAAGUUCUGUGGUUGAAGUGGAAAUACAUAAUAGAUCAUAAUUUUAAGAAAUAUGUUUAAACUUCUUAUUACCUAAUUUAUUAUUAAGAUAUUUAAAAUAUUUUUGUAGUUA